AUGAUCAGAGACUGCGAACAGUACUCCAGGCGAUGUGACAAAUGCCAAAGGCACGCCCCAAGCAUUCACGUCCCAGCUGAAACACUCUCAUCGAUCUCUUCACCUUAUCCUUUUAUGAGGUGGUCUAUGGACAUAAUAGGACCUAUGGUCUCUUCGGGACCGAAGCAAUUCCAAUACCUAUUAGUCCUUACUGACUACUUCACUAAAUGGAUCGAGGCCAAACCAUACCAACAAACGACCGAACUCGAGGUCCGGAAAUUUAUCUGGAAAGACAUCAUUUGUCGACACGGGCUCCCUUUCGAGAUCGUGACAGAUAACGGAUCUCAGUUCAUAGCUCGAACAUUCAAAGACUUCUGCAAGAAGUGGAACAUACGCAUAACGUAUUCCACACCUCGUUACCCUCAAGGGAACGGGCAAGCUGAAGCAACAAACAAAACCCUCUUGAGUAACCUCAAGAAACGACUCGACGCCCCUUACGGGCUAGAGGCCGUCAUCCCAACUGAAACUUCCGUUCCAAGUCUUCGCAGGAUGCAAUGUCCAGCGAACGUCGAGCUGAACGAAGAAAUGUUGAGAGAUCACCUUGACCUUAUCGACGAACGUCGAGAUCAAGCUCUGAUCCGGAUACAAAACUAUCAACAGGCCGCAGCUCGCUAUUACAACUCCAAGGUUAAACACCGGAGCUUUCGUAUAGGCGACAUGGUUCUGAGAAAAGUACAAGACUAUACCAAAGAGCGUGCAGGGAAACUUGGGACCAACUGGGAAGGUCCCUACCUCAUUACCGAAGUAGUUCGCGAUGGCGUCUACAAGCUCACAAAAGUCAGAAACGGAAUACCUGAACUAAGACCUUGGAAUGCGAUGAACCUGAAAAGAUCGGAAGAUCGAGAUCACCUCGAUAUUCCCCUUUCGAACGAAGUGAGGUUCAGAGUCCACCUCUUUACCUUCAAUUUCUUACUUCGCAAAAAACCAAUCGAAGUCCGCAGCGUCCAAGCAUCCAGCGUAGUGUUCUAG